GAGGAGAGGCGUUCGCAAAUGGUUGUUUGCCCAUCAGAUGGACGAGGUGUUUGGGAAGGAGGUGGCCGAAGGGAUGCGAGAGCGGAAGCGCAUGGACCCAGAUCUGUGGGAAUCAGAGACCAGAUUUCAUCCAGAAUGCCCACAGCAGGAGGAGUUCAGACAAUAUCUAUGCCUUGUGGAGGACGCCCAUGAGGAUGAACACUGCGAAGAAGUGGACCGUUUGUACAGCUGUUUGGACCAAGACUCUGACAGCAGUGACGCAGGCUCGACUGGCAAGAAGCGUGGCAAAGCAGAAGCACAGCCGAAGACCAAGGCGGUCAAUGAGGCGAACGCAAAGUUGAAAUGGGCACUAGCACUGUUGGUCGACAACCUGAAGAACCUGCCAAUGCCUCAACAUACGUCAGACAAGUAUGCCGCAUCAGUGAAGGAAGACUGCGAUGAGAAAACAACCAUUGUCCAGGAGUCCAGAGAGCCCGAGAACGUAAGUGUCAAAAUCAACGGAAAGGAUGGGAAGCCCGUCCAGGUCAAUAUGCAGAUGCUUUCGCCAGAGGCGAUAGUCAAGCACCUUUUUUCCUGCGGGUUGGAAAUCGAUGAUCGUCUUGUGGAAUCCUAUUGGUCCCAUCUUGAAGAUGUCAAUGAUGAUUGGGCUGCCCAAACAUCAAGUUUCCGCGAAGCAGUGAGCAGGCCUGUCUUGCCACUUGGGUGUUACGGUGACGAGGCCCAAGAGGGCCUCCAGAAUGCACCACUUCUCAAGAUUUUUGGAAUCUUCAUGAACCUUCCUCUUUACAGACCAAAGGCCACUCGAUUGAGCCGGUACUUGAUCUUUUGCAUUGAGUCCAACAAGCUCUACUCCGUCCAGGAGACGCUGUUUCCUGUGCUGCGCAGGAUGGUUGAGAGCUUCAACAUGCUGACUCAGAUCGGCAUUGGUGAUCGAAGGUUUUUGGUCUCGGAGGUGCGGGGAGACCAAGUGUUCAUCCGGCAAAUAUUUUCUCAUAAGAGUAUGUGGACAUCGCAUCAGAUUUGCUUUCGCUGCGCAGCAUGCACGGGUGGACCCCUGAGCUACACUAAUUAUGAUGGUGAGUGGGCAAACACCUUGAGGUCCACGAGGGAGUUUGUUCAGGACGAGCUUCCUGCAGAGGAAUGUCCGCUUGUGGACCUGUACUUCUUCAACAUAUCGGUAAUAAAAAAUUGUACUUUGCAUGUGAUCAACCUUGGUCUGCUGGGCGUUGCAAAUGGCAGCGCCUUCGGCAUGUUGCUAGACCUUCAGUGGUGGGGCGAUACAUCUAGUGGCUAUGACGAGCCAAUGUCAAAAGCGUUUGACGCCUUUACAGCAUGGCGCAAGGCUCGGAAGAUCUACACGUCUCAGCCACGGUUCCGGCCAAAGGCCCUUCUGCGGGAAAACUACGGCUUUUUCUUGAACUGCAAGGGAUUCAAUGCCAGAGUUGUUUGUGAAUGGUUGAGACACACGCUGGUUGAUCUCAGCGCAUCGCCUCAGCGGCACAUGGAUGAGCGUUCCGAUCUUUGCUUGGUGGCAAUGAUUCUUGGCUGCACUGCCCGGGUACGUUUGGGUUUCACCAUGCCUCAUUUUCUGUGCGCAAUGGUGGCUGAUUCGGGCUCCGUGUUUCUCAGCGACAUCGUGCUUUUGAGCGCCUUACCCUGCGUAAUUUUCAUUGGUGCGCUUCUGUGGUGCAUCAACCAGGUUGAGCUUGAAGAGCUUCGUUUGGAGUUGACGACACUGCAUCAAGCAAAUGAGAUUGAGAGAUCUGGUCGCCAAUUUCUGCUGGCCUACAAGAAGCUGGCACUCCUUACUCGCAAACUUCAGCUGGAUCUCAAGAACACACUGGAAGAAGAGAGGAAAGCCAAGGGUGAAAAGUCAGAGGCGGAGCCAAAGAAACGAGCUACGGCCAAGGCAAAGGGCAAGGCUAAAGCCAAAGCAAAGACCAAGGCCAGCGCCAUGGAGGACAUAGCUGAGAGGAAAGCUAUGGAGAGUUUGACGGUCGCUGAGCCAAAGCCAAAGGCCAAGUCGAAGGGCGGCCGUUUGCGCAAGAUGAUCAGAACACCUACUCCGCCUUCCUUCCGGGAGAGGAUGUCGGAAUCCCGUAAGCGGGUCAGGGAGGCAUCUCCAAAGCCUGCAGUGUCUGAAGAGGAUUCAGACAUUGAGAUCGAGCUGGCGAUAGAAAAGGCAGCUCAGGAAAUCAACAUGGAGGUGGCAGAUGUCAAGAUGUCAGAUUGCCCAACUCCCAAGAGGAGGCUCUUUGCGACUGACGAUGAGGCCACAGCUCCAGCUUCCAACGUCAAUGCUGCCAGUGCUGAUGGACAUCGUCCCUCAGAAGCUGAAGCACCGAAGGCGAAAAGGAAGCCCAGGGCACGCAAGUCGAAGGAUGCUGAGCCUGAGGUGGAUCCACCUGCAGCAGAAGCGGCCCCAAAGGCCAAAGCAAAGGCAGCGAGGAAACCUCGACGAAAAGCUGUCCAAAUCGAUGUGGCCAACGAGGACUUGCAAGAUGAUUUGAUGCGGGACAUCAUUCGCAGCAAUUUCAACAAGGUUGAGAACUUGGACCUCGAUUCAUUCAAGGAGUUUUGCAUGGCCAUGGAGAAAGAGGCCGACCUCAAGAACUCCAAGACUGUGCCUUACUGGACCCGAGCCAGUUCAGGUGUCAAGUGGUUGGCACAGCCAGGUGCCCCACAGGUUGCCUACUUCUCUGUGUCGGACUCCAACGUGACGAAGUCCGUUUCUUGGAACAAGCGGAUGUUGGCGAUGCAUGCAUCAGCUGUGCUUUUCGCUGUGUGGAUCGAUCAGCAAGACCUCUUCGAUAUCUACACCGAGAGUGAUGAUAACCGCCGUUUCAACUUGGAAAUGGCCAAAAUCAAGUUCAAUGGUCAGCGUGCUUUAGAAGGUCUGAAUGCCAAAGCUCAACAAAUGGGCUAUCAAGGCAGGGAGUAUCCUGUGAUGUUUGGUCUCAAGAUGGUCGAACUGUAUGAUGCCUUGGUGGGCACUCGAACGGGCAUGCCAACGCUUCCACCCCGUCUGCCACCGUUGGACGAGACUCUUGCUCAGGCUCUCGAUCAGGACGAAGAGAAUGAUGCGGAGUCCUCCUGGGCUGAAGCGGAACUGACAGCUGUGGUGCGGUAUUUGAGGGGAGGAAAGUCUUUACAACUACCCUUGGAUGUCCGCACUGUUCUCCCUACCAGAUUUUAG